AUCAACUAACUAACGUUGAGGAUCGAACCAAAAUCGCGGCGAGUUUUGAAGCAUGGCGACGGAGCAAGCACUGGAUCCCUCUCUCCCUUGUUGCCGCUAUCUUCUCUCUGCUUUACUAGCAAUGGAACCUUCCGAAUGCUUAAUCUCCCAUGCCAUGGCUUGUGGCGGAGGUUCAAUUACAGAGCAAGUUCAACAAUUCAUCUUGGAUCAUUGCCUUUCCACACAUGGUGAUUUUUAUGCACCUUACUUGAAGAAUUUUCUUAAGAAGCUUAUCACUCAAGUUGAGUGCGAUCGUGGCUGUGUCUUGGACCAAUUUUAUGAACUCUAUGCUCAGUACAUUACAUCAAUUAAGGAUGAUAGUUUAGGCAAAAGAGAUUCAAGAAUCUGCAAAAGAAUUUCUUUUCUUUUUCCUGAUGGUUGUUCUGAACUACAAACAUGUCCGCAUUCAAGGGUGCUGACUUUUCCAUUGCAGUGUUCUAUUAACAUGCUCGAAGGUGAUACUGGAUGCUCAAUAUGGCCAUCAAGUCUGUUUCUGUCCGAGUUAAUACUUUCUCAUCCAGAAUUAUUUUCUAAUAAAUUGUGCUUUGAGAUUGGCUCAGGAGUUGGCUUAGUUGGAUUAUGUCUAGCCCAUGUCAAAGCUUCUAAGGUGAUACUAAGUGAUGGUGACCUGUCAACUUUAGCAAACAUGAAGUUUAAUUUGGAGUUGAACAACCUGAAUGUGGAAACUGGCAUACAAAGAAAUGAAGAUACAGGCUCGGUAAAAUGCUUGUUUCUGCCAUGGGAAUCUGCAUCAGAAACUCAACUACAAGAUAUCAUGCCAGAUGUUGUUUUGGGUGCAGAUGUAAUAUAUGAUCCAGUUUGCCUACCACAUCUUGUUCGUUUACUUGCGAUUCUUUUGAACCGAAAGAAUAUGGAUUCGAGUUGCAAAGGCCUCUCUCCAAACAGUAAACAUGAAAAUGGUGAACAUUAUUGUAAAGGUGCCACUGAUAGAUCUGAUGGUAUAUACAAAUCAGUUAGUAAUGGUUGGAAUGGCCAACCAAAGGAAGCACCAGUGGCUUAUAUUGCAUGUGUUAUUCGGAAUAUUGAAACAUUCAAUUAUUUUCUUUCACUCGGGGACAAGGCUAACCUUAAUAUGGAGGACCUAACUGAUUCACUCAAGCCAAUGAAUCUCCUCCUGUACAUGCAGUCGUACAAACAAGCUGAUAUAAAACUACUGCGAAUCACUUCCAAUUAGACUACACUAAGAUGAUCACUUAGAAUGGAAGGACCCGAACAUGGUGAGUAGAUAAAGAAAUGUACCCCCUGUGUAAGUAAAUAUUUAGUCAAAGACUCGCCAAGGAUAGAAACUAAUGAUAUAAAAUUAUAAAAUAGUCGAGUUUUAAGUGCAUGUUUGGAUGAGCUGUGAAAUUGAAAAAUCACAGUGAAUCACUGUAAUUUUGUCAAUCUCAACUAUCAUCCAAACAUGCACCAAAAUUAAUGUUUGUAUUAAUCAGGAGCACUUUUACUCAAUUUGCUGUUGGCUUGCUCUGGUUUAUUUAGUAUUUUAUUUAUAGAGUGGUCUGGUUUUGAUAUAUCUUCAAAUUGUAUCAGUUCUAAAGAAAUGAGGUACUUCUAUUAGAUAAUGUUAAGAAGCUCAUGAUGAA